CUAUCCUCCUGGGGCUGUAGGUGGUUUCCUUCGAAGCCAGGUCCGGAAGUCUCCUCCUCUAUUAUAUUUUCUCCAAAAGUGAUUAAUAAAAGCAGCAAGCGUCUCGCCGAGAUUUCUCUGUUUUCUUCCUCUCGCUGGCUAUUCUCCUCUCUCACGCGUUCGUGUCGAUCGGGUUAAGGGAAGAUGGGAAGCGAGGCCGAGCCCGCGAAGGCCCUUCUGCCCUAUCUCCAACGAGCCGACGAGCUCCAAAAGCACGAGCCCCUCGUCGCCUACUAUUGCCGAUUGUUUGCGAUGGAGAGAGGGCUCAGGAUCCCGCAGAAGGAGCGCACCAAGACCACCAACGCCCUCCUCGUCUCCCUCAUGAAUCAGCUCGAGAAGGAUAAGAAAUCAUUAAAGUUAGGGCCUGAAGAUUACCUUUAUGUGGAAGGAUUUGCAUCAAAUGUCUUUGCAAAGGCUGAUAAGCAAGAUCGAGCUGGGCGAGCUGACUUGAAUACCGCAAAAACCUUUUAUGCUGCAAGCAUCUUCUUUGAGAUUCUGAAUCAGUUUGGGGAAAUUCAGCCAGAUAUUGAGCAGAAGCAGAAGUAUGCUCUAUGGAAAGCUGCAGAAAUAAGAAAAGCUUUGAAAGAAGGACGGAGACCUGAACCUGGACCUCCUGGUGGUGAUAAAGAUCUAUUGAUGCCCUCAAGUUCCCCAACCAAUACAUAUGACCUCGGACCAAGUGAGGGCAUCCCCCCGAGUCAAUCAGGCAGUGAUACAAUAUCUUGGCAUGGAGAUAAGGAUCCAGGAAGAAGUGAAAGCUUCCCAUCUAGCUAUCCAGGUGCUGAUACAUCACCUCAGCAUGUAGAUAAGACCAAUGAACAUAGCCCUACACACCCACAUAUUUCACCUUCCUCUUACUCGAGCAACAAUUACCCAUCCAGUGAGCUUCAUCAGCUUCCACCAACCAACAGACCUGAAAUUUCUUCUUAUCCUCAAGCAUACCACCAUCAACCCUACGUAAGCGAGCAACAACCAAUGCCACAGAAUUACCACUCUCCAGAAAAUCCUAGCCCCCAAUAUUCUUACCCGAAUUUCCAGUCUUACCCAAGUUUCCAUGAGAGCAGCUUUCCCACAGCCCCAACUCAUCAGCCUUCUUACUACCAUGGCCCUGAUGCUGCCUACUCUCAUCAACCAGCCCCUUCGGUUUCAAACUACCCAUCAACUGGACAAUACAGUUCUGACAGUGGCAAUGACCAUCAUGUUGGGUCUCCAGCCCCAUCUACCUCCAGCUACAAGUAUGACAGCCAUUAUCAGCCACCUGUGGAGAAGAUUGCAGAGGCUCAUAAGGCAGCAAGAUUUGCUGUUGGUGCUCUUGCAUUUGAUGAUGUGGCUGUUGCAGUGGAUCAUCUUCGGCGUUCUCUUGAACUUCUCACUAAUCCUUCAGCUGAAAUCCAUUCGACAUGAACGUGUGCGAUGUUGAUUUUGUUCAGAUGUGACACCGUUCAUGUACAUGCUUAGUUUGGAACACAUGCUUGUGCUUAUAUGACAUACAAAUUCUCUAUGUAAUCAAGCCCCUAAAUCAGUCUUUUUGAGUUCUUCGAUCGUAUUCCUGUGUUAUGGAGGUGAUGUGAUACUGUCAUUAUCAAAAAGGAUAUCUAGACCAUGCUUUUCUUCUGCAAAUUAUCUAUCUAUUUAAGAAGUUCCAUG